AUGUGUACGGACGUUAGAUGCCCAGAAGUGAAUUGUUUAAUUGUGUUAUCUUACGAAGCUAUAAAAAAGAUACUAACGUCCGGUGGACGAAAAGACGUUAAAUUAUUUGAACGAUAUGAUCGAUACGCUCUUCAACGUCGACUAGAAAAAAUGUCAGAAUUUAUCUGGUGUGCACAUGGAUGCGGCUCUGGUCAGUUAAACAGUGGACGAGGUAAAAACUACAUUGUAAAAUGUGUAAAAUGCAACCGAAAAACAUGUUUCAAUCAUAAAACCGAAUGGCAUGAAGGACUGACAUGUGCCGAAUAUGAUGAAAUAUCAAAUGGUGAAUUACAAGCAACAAAAAAAUGGAUUACACAAAAUUCGAGAAAAUGCCCAAAUUGUCCUUAUCAUAUUGAAAAAAAUUCGGGUUGUGAUCAUAUGACUUGUAUUAAAUGUCAAUAUGAAUUUUGUUGGGCAUGUCUAGCUGAUUAUAAAAUGAUAAGACGUGAUGGAAAUCACAGACAUGAUCCAAGCUGUAAACACUACGCACAAUACAAUUAA